UCAUCUUUCUCUAUAUAUAAACAACAGAGUCUUCAGACUUUGCUCAUCGAAUCGCCUAGUCUCAAUAUUACUCAUACUCAAGCUGCAUAUUUUUAUUCCUUUCCAUCAGCUUCAUCGCAAAGGCAAAGAUAAGUGUUCACCGCUCCAAGCUAAGCACAACAAAAUGAUGAGAAUUCGCCUCCCUCUGGCAAUUCUGGCCAAGAAGCACGCAGCUGGUGUCCCCAAAGGACACUUUGCCGUCUACGUUGGUGAAAGCCGAAGGCGGUUUGUGAUUCCAACAUCCUACUUGAAGAAUCCUACCUUCCAAGCGUUGCUAAGAAAAACAGAAGAAGAGUUCGGUUUCAAGCAUUACAAUGGCCUCACAAUUCCAUGCAAUGAAGAUGUCUUUCAAGCAUUGACGGCACAAAUGGCAUGUGCAUAGAUGAACAAUCACCACCCAAUUUUGGUCUACAGACGAUUCUACCUUCUUUUUUUUUGUAUAUAAGGGGACCAAAAUCCCACUGUUACAAAUCGCACAAAUCAAUACAGUUACUUCUGAAAGUCUGGCUCUCUCUCUCUCUCUCUCUCUCUCUCUCUCUCUCUCUCUCUCGCUCAUCGAAAUCCUCCACUUCACCUAUACAUCAAGCAAGCUGACAAUCACAAACCUGGCAGAUCUUAGACUAGAUGGCGAAAUAGGAGUACAACAUAUCUGUCUCGGGAAGAAGUCCUGAGAAAUCCAAUUUGAAAUAUAUUGAACAAUCUCUUCGGUGCCAAUGUCGAAGGUGGAACCUAUUGAAGAGCAAUCCAGAGUAUCGACUGUGUUGGGGUAGCGUCGUGCUGUACCGGAGUACUUAAGAAAUCUUUCACCUGCACAAAGCUUCUUCCGGUCAUAAAAAUCAUAAACAGUAACGGAGAGCAAUGACGUUUCCUAGCCGAAUGGGCAGCAGUCAAGGAAACUGUAUUCCAGAAAGAAAAAUCGGGCUAAACUUGGGUUAGACUACCUUUCGCUAGAUUCAAGCAUUGAUUUAUGUUGAUUUGGAUUACUAGGACCUUAACGAACCCAGAAAACAGUAUCUUGGUGAGAAAUGUGGACUUCAUUUGCACAUAACACAUAGCCGUACCCCGAAGAAUAUUACAGCCUAGAUUUGGUGGUAACUUUUAUAAUACUAAACAUCUGCGUAACCGUUCGUGUGGGGCAUUGACUCUCCGAUUUGAUCCCAAUACCAGUAGUCUAACCACUGCCGAUGACAUGUUCUUGAUAAGAGCAUGUGGAUGCUUAUGAAACUAUCCAGCGAUUGUCCUAAUUGGAGGCCCUUUUCUAGAUCGUGGUGGACGUUCAUCUGAUUGUAUCCCUUGGUGUGAUCAAGUUACAAAGGUGAAGAUUUUAUGCAUUUAGUUCACAAAGAUAUUUAAAAUUUGUCCCAUUGUUUUAGAAUCGAUGACUGACAUCAUAAACAGUGGGACCAUUCUCUUUAAUGUUGAAGAACCUACCACUCUAGUGGAAGUAAGCAACUUCACAAGCUGUGCAGGAGAUAGCCAAGCACAUGCCUUGUUUUGGACUACUAGGACAAAGUGUUCGGACUACGAAUUCCUCUUCCCUACAAAAGGAGCACCACAGUACAUAUGACAUCAUUUCAUUUUAAUAUUCCUUCACAGCCAUAGAUGUAAUUUUUCUUCAUGUUUUAGAAAUUAGCAAGAACAACCACAAAAUAUUCAAUUGGGUGGCUUUAAGAUUUUAUGCUGAAUUCUACGAUCAACUGUCUUACCGGAUCGAAACUAAAAGAGAAAACUUAGAAAUUGCCAUGCGACAUGGUGAAUGGGGACAUGGAAGCCAUAGAACAGGAAUUUUCAAAACAUAAAAGCAUGUCAAGUAGGUAGAAGCUUCUUCUAGACAUCCAUGUGACAUUGAUGUGGUUGUUGUAUGCACUGCUCAACGAAAUGUGGGGCUGUGGACAAAUGAAUACUAUCAAAGGGGACAUGACCAUAUGAGUCAAGUCAUGAUGAAUGUACCACUGAUAACCAUGUUAUCUAGCAAUAAUAUGUCUGUAGGGCUAUUAUACUCAUCUUUCUCUAUAUAUACGCAAGAGUCUCUUCAAACUUGGUUCAUCGAAUCAGCUAGUCUCGAUAUUCCUCACACUCAAGCUGCAUAUUUUUAUUCCUUUCCAUCUACUUCAUCCUUCACAAGUUCACUGCUCCAAGAUAAGCACAAGAAGAUGAUGAGCAUUCGCCUCCCUCUGUCGGUUCUUGCAAAGAAACAGGCGACUGCUGACCCCAAGGGACACUUUGCGGUCUACGUAGGUGAGAGCCGAAAGAGGUUUGUGAUUCCAACAUCCUACUUGAA